ACAAUGGAAAGCACCAAGCUUGCACAUAUAAAAAUGGGUCAGUUGUCUGAGCUUCCUAGAUUUCUAUUAAAUAUUUUCUUAUUUAUUCAUUUUGACGCUUGAAUAAGUGCAACCCCUUCGGCAAAGCUCAAAUCUCUCUUCAUUGUUUUCGCAGCAAGCUCAUACUUUUCUCUCUUCAACUCUUCAAAAAGAUUUACAAGAUGGCAGCAGCAUCAGCAGCUACCUUUUCAGUUGGAUCUGCUUUCUCCUUUGGCACCAAAGCGAGCCAACUCCCGCAAUCAAAGCUCUCAUCUGUGAGAUUCAACUCCCAGAGCUCACUUGCAACGUUCAGUGGUCUCAAGGCUGCAACAUUUGUGACGUGCGAGUCAGAGUCAUCUUUCUUAGGCAAGGAAAGCAAUGCAGCCCUUCGAUGCUCUGUUGCACCAAAAGCUCAAAAAUCAAGCCAAAGGUCACAGCAUCGCCUAAACCCACAGGCAUCCUACAAAGUGGCUGUUCUUGGAGCUGCAGGAGGGAUAGGUCAGCCUUUAGCACUUCUAAUUAAGAUGUCCCCAUUGGUUUCAGCCCUGCACCUCUAUGAUAUAGCAAAUGUCAAGGGAGUUGCUGCUGACCUCAGUCACUGUAACACUCCCUCGCAAGUUCUGGAUUUCACAGGAGCUGCUGAAUUACCCAAUUCUUUGAAAGGUGUAGACAUUGUUGUCAUACCUGCUGGAGUUCCUAGGAAGCCUGGUAUGACCCGUGAUGACCUCUUCAACAUCAAUGCCAGCAUUGUAAAGACCUUGGUUGAGGCUGUUGCUGAUAACUGCCCUGAUGCUUUUAUCCACAUUAUCAGCAAUCCAGUCAACUCUACAGUGCCAAUUGCAGCUGAAGUUUUGAAGAAGAAGGGUGUGUAUGAUCCAAAGAAGCUCUUUGGUGUUACUACACUUGAUGUGGUGAGGGCAAAUGCAUUUGUUGCUGAGAAGAAAAACCUCAAGCUUAUCGAUGUGGAUGUACCAGUGGUGGGAGGGCAUGCUGGGAUAACCAUUCUUCCCCUUCUAUCAAAGACAAAACCCUCUGUUAGUUUCACUGAUGAGGAAGUGCAGGAGCUAACUGUGAGGAUCCAGAAUGCAGGGACAGAAGUUGUGGAGGCAAAGGCAGGCGCAGGGUCUGCUACCCUGUCAAUGGCAUAUGCUGCAGCCAGAUUUGUUGAAUCUUCUCUUCGUGCGUUGGACGGUGAUGCUGAUGUCUAUGAGUGCUCGUUUGUGCAAUCAGAUCUUACUGAUCUUCCAUUCUUCGCAUCAAGGGUAAAACUUGGGAGGAAGGGGGUUGAAACUAUCAUUUCAUCUGACCUCCAAGGGCUGACUGAGUAUGAACAGAAGGCACUGGAAGCUCUCAAGCCUGAACUGAAGGCCAGCAUUGAGAAAGGUAUCGCAUUUGCUCAGAGGGAACCAGUGGCUGCAUAGAGUGAGGUCAGUUCUGGAAGCCUAAACCAUACUGAAAUGCAGGUUUAUUGCGGUUGAUAAUUUUUGUUGCGGCUCAUCAUUACAUCAGCACUUUAAGUUUUGUAGAAUUUUCUUUUUAUAUCGUGAGAAACUCUUUUUUAAUGAGAUAUUCCAUGAUAGCAUUGUAGGUUCGAAAAUUGCAAUUGCUACCAUUGAGGGCAUGUACCUUUCCUUUUACCCUUUUGAAAUAACACUGCUGAUGUAUCCCAACAUUUUUAUUAAUAACUGAGAAAACUUUUAUGCGUCUA